AUGGCAGACGUCACGGCUUGUGAAGCGGAGUAUAGGCAGUGUUGUCAGCCUGGUGUCAGUCUGAUGAAGAUUGGCAUUCAGACUGUCUGGAAGGCAGUGUGCUGUCAGACUGACUCCAACAUCAGAUGCUCCGAUGCUGAGCACAAGCAAACUUUCGUUCUCCAUUCAUUGUCAUUCGACUCCAAUAUCAGAUGCUCCGAUGCUGAGAACAAGCAAACUGAUCUCCAUGUGAAGCUAUCCCAUGAUGCAACAUGUGUCCCCAGCACCAGCAUUGACCAUGAUGGCCACACAGAGUGUCCCUCCACCAUCGUACCAGGAGAGCCAACAGUUCAGCAUCCUCUUUUUCCUCUUCUGGCGUUGCUGUUUGAGAAGUGCGAACAAGCCACGCAGGGAUCAGAAUGCAUCACCUCCGCCAGCUUUGACGUUGACAUCGAGAACUUCGUCCACCAGCAAGAGCAGGACCACAAGCCUUUCUUCAGCGAGGACCCUGAACUAGACAACCUGAUGGUGAAGGCGAUCCAGGUGUUACGGAUCCACCUGCUGGAGCUGGAGAAGGUGAACGAGCUCUGUAAAGACUUCUGCAACCGUUACAUCACCUGCCUCAAGACCAAGAUGCACAGUGACAAUCUGCUACGGAACGACCUGGGCGGCCCGUAUUCACCAUCGCAGACCAAUCUCGGCCUGCAGCAGGACCUGCUUCAGAACUCAUCCCCAUCGCUCAGCUCUGUCUCCAGCACGGUAAACCCCUCUGGGAUUGUGGUCCCUGCCGGUUCACUGCAACAGAACAACGUUGCCAUGACCACUAUCAACUCUCAGGUGGUCUCAGGUGGGACGCUGUAUCAACCGGUGGCAAUGCUUACCUCACAGGGACAGGUGUUGACCCAGGGGUUACCACAGGGAACCAUUCAAAUCCAAAACAAUCAGGUGAACCUGGACUUGUCCUCACUCUUGGACGGCGAUGACAGGAAAUCAAAAAACAAAAGAGGCGUCCUUCCCAAACAUGCCACAAACAUAAUGCGUUCCUGGCUCUUCCAGCAUCUCAUGCAUCCUUAUCCUACAGAAGAUGAGAAAAGACAGAUCGCAGCGCAAACAAAUCUUACUUUAUUACAGGUGAACAACUGGUUUAUCAAUGCCCGCAGGCGUAUACUGCAGCCCAUGCUGGACGCCAGUAAUCCUGACCCUGCUCCCAAAGCCAAGAAGAUGAAAUCUCAGCACAGACCCACACAGCGCUUCUGGCCCGACUCCAUUGUAGCUGGAGUCCUGCAGACACACGGAUCUCACUCCACAAACAAUUCAGACAAUUCUCUGGGCAUGGACGGCCUGCAGCCUCUGUCCUCAGACUCCGCCACACUGGCGAUGCAGCAUGCCAUGCUGGGAGGAACUGAGGAUUCCAUGGACGGCACAGAGGAGGAGGAGGACGACGAAGAGGAGGAAGAGGAGGGAAUCGACGAGGAGGAAGAUGAAGAAGAGGAUGAAGAAAGCGAGGGAGGCAGACAGAUGUCUCGGAGAGAUCUGGGCCUCAACCACAACGAAGGACUUGAAUAAAGGAUCAGAUCGACGAAAUUGACAAAAUUGACUUAACUCUUACUCAUCCCCAUGGCAACACAUCUCAACACCACCUGAAGGUUUCCAGUGGACACUAAGUGCCAUGGAACAUCCAAUGAGAAUGAAGAGGAGGGGCCUGUUAUGGACUCGGGGAAUGAAUAAAGUUCAUGUGAGAAUCUGAAGGAGGACAGAACAUUGUGAAAAGAACGUACUGUAUAUUGGGCCGUCAGCCAAGCGCUCAUGCUACUCUCAUGCAUAUAAUCCAUUUAAGCCUUACUUUGUUUAAUAUGUCUCUUUGGUUCUCAGGUGUCUUUAGCAUGACAUAAUGUCUACCCUCUUACAGUCAUAUUGAUAACCAUGCAAUGAGUGGAUGUUUUAGGCAUGUUUCUUUCUUUCUUUUUAUUUUUGUAGAAUUAACAAAAUAUUCAGUCUAAAAAAGAAACAAUCUAAAUGCCUGACAGCACAAUGUAUGUACAUUUGAUAGUGAUGCAUUUUACCCAGACACUUCAUAUUUAUUUUUGAAACUGUCAGAAGGCAGUGGUACAAUCAACAAGGAUGCUGUCCGCUGAA